CUUAUCUCUCUAUCCUAUCCGCGCAUCUAUCAAGAAAACAUGCAUAUCGUUCAGUUUGAUCCUUCAAAGUUCAAUCAUCAGCACGUUAUUUGUGGAGGUUACAGUUAUCAUUAUGUCGACGAGGGUAACAAAGCUGGGAUUGCUGUCAUCCUAAUCCAUGGGUUUCCGGACCUGUGGUAUGGGUGGCGCCAUCAAAUUCAGUUCCUGGUUGGACUGGGUCGAUACCGUGUCAUUGCGUUGGACAUGCUGGGCUACGGCGGGUCCGACAAACCUCGAAGCGCAGAUCUAGCUACGGACACGGAUCCGACGGAAUGUCAUUAUCAUCAUAAUCCUGCAUACUCUCCCAGAAAUGUAGCCAGUCAUGUCGUUGCACUGUUGGAUCAUUUGGGAGUGGAAAAGACGGUGUUGGUCGGUCAUGAUUGGGGAACCGGGAUCGUUUCACGUGUAGGGUGGCACUUUCCUGAUAGAGUCCUUGCUGCAAUUGCCAUUGGCAAUCCGUUUAGGCCAAUCACGAAAGAAUUAAUGACAAUUAAUGACUAUGUUAACGAGAAUCCGGCGUUUCAGUACUUUGAGCACUUUGUGAGCCCAGAGGCGGUUCAAGAUUUUGACGAGAGGGUAGGCUGUCUGUAUCGCUUUCUCCUGCUGUGCGUUUCGAUGCCAUCAACUUACGAUAUCAUGAUUCCCGGACGCAUGCUUCACGAUAGAUCGAAGAUAUUGCCAAUGAACUCGUACUACCUGAGCAGCUUGAAGAGAGGAGGUUUUCAUGGGCCGCUGGCCUACUACAAGACCUUCAAAGCGAGCCACCAAGAAGAGCAAUGUAUAUCGCUACUUUAUCACUCGUUUGCGAUUCCUACUCUUCUCUUGAUCGUCAACAACGACCCGAUCCUUCAUCCAGAGUAUUGCCUCCAAGUGCCCAAGGACUACUUCGACAACCUUGAGAUCGACUACGUUGAGACUGGAGAGCAUUGGAUCCUGACGCAGAAUCCGGAUACCGUCAACCGAAAACUUGAGCGUUACCUGGGGAAAAUCUCCAGCAGCUUCGACUAUCAGGCACGCAAGAGCACACCCAGUAUCAAGUCAACAAUUGGCAGUCUCGUCCGUCGUCGUACAAGCGCGGUUCUUAGGAUCCCAGCAGUAGCAGCGGGCGAAACUGAUUUCAAAAACUGGUCAAGUGUACCCGGCGGGAGUUCGAGUUCUGCAAAGAGAAUUAGGGCUACAGAGCACGGCCACAUCUUAAGCAAACUUUGAUUGAUACCCCAGUUGCGCACACAUAAUAAUAAAGACGGACUUGACGUUCGAUCAGCCU